AUGGCACGAGUCUUUGUCACAAAACGAGAGCGACUAGACCUUAUUCAGCAGGGCGAUGACAUGUUCCUUGAGGUCCAAGAACGGCUAUACGAUGCCAAGAUGCAAUGUGCAGCACCUGAAAAGGACAAGAUUGUAACGUCGCUGGAAACAUUUACUGUCUACGGCACGCUAGACGCUGUGACAGAUUUGUACUUGAAAGACGACGUCAAGAUGGUCUUGGACUUUGCCGAGUCACGAGAAUUGAUCGUGCUUAAACCCAAUACAAAACAGCGGCCAUUGGACCGCACAAGUCUUCGAUGGUCACUGUUCCACUUGCCAAGUCGUCUCUUAGGCAAAGACCAAGACUUUUGCUACUUAGAAGUCAUGAAGCCUUUUGGAACGGCCGAUGGACGUCGUGGCUGGGCGAGGUGCUCCAAUUCAAUUACACAUAAGGCUUUUUCGGCGCUCCAAAGUGCGCAACGGACCGACGUGAAUCGAGCAGAACUUUUCUACUGCGGACUGUUUUUCGAGGAGACGGAUCAGCUUGGACGACUCAAUGUCACCGUGUUUUACAAUAUUAAGGGACACCAUGCCACAUCUAUACUGGCCCCGAGAGUGUUAAAGGCGCAAUCAAAACGGACUAUUGAGCUCGUGAAUCACUACCUCAAAAUGUCGGCUAUGAUGCUGAAGUCCAGGAAAGUUUCGCUUACGAGAGCACUGCAAUUGCAAGCUGAGAGGCGAUGUGGCGCCUGUGCAAACUAUUUAUCGAUCUGGAAGUGCAAGGAGAGGUGCGCUUUGUGCAGAUCGUUGAUGUGCAAUAAAUGCAACGACAUUGUGUCGCGGAACUACAGAGUGAAACGAGUCACUCGCGAACAGGUUGUAUGCUUCUCCUGCGCACAUUGGCGUGGCACAAAGAUCGGUCAUAUGGCGGAAACAAAACACAAUAAUCUGCAAGACAGCAGCGGUGGCGGGUUAGCUGUUAAGACGCAAAGCAACUCGAAAGCUUGCCAAGAAAAAACAACGCAAGAUGAAAGCAUAUUUCCAUGGAGCAACGAGGACCAUUCUAACUGGUUUGAUGAUGAAGCCAAACCGUCAUUCGUGCUUGCUCAAGAGAAUCAAGUGCCUCAACAAUCGAAGCCUUGCGAGCAAAAACCGUUCCACCAAAACUUGACUCCCACCCGCCAUUCCGAAUUUGUCCCGCACGAGACAUUACGUUUGCCGACUGAACGCGCAGAACAUCACCGACGGCGUUGUAAUACACGUGUGUCAACCCGUCGACCAUCAACCGGAGUGGAUGAUGAUUUCAUUGCGCCUCGCCAACGUCGAGCGACAGGAAAUUCUAGAUUAUCAGCUAGAGCGAAAUCAACGAGUUGUGCCGGUAGCCAAAUUUGCGGUGACAAUGCAGAUUUCACCCCGGUGGGUAGCCAAGUUAACCUCGAUCUCGAGGACUUGAAUUGGCAGAUGCGACGCUGUAGGACUAACUCUGUUCCGGUUCAACCAAUGGAGUUAACAGAUGAAGGACGUCGUGACUCCAAGGCUUUUGCCCGCUACCAAAUCAUGCUAGAUGGAACACGCCAAUACGACCGCUCUUGCCAACCUCGCAUCGUGUCACAACGGCCAUUUUUGGUGGCAAAUUUACCAACGAGGACUAGUUAUCCGCAACCGUCUUUGAUCAGGUACUCGAAGGCAAAUCCGUGUGAUUUGUCGUACUUGGCUAGCUUCAAGCUGACGACAGAUCAAAACGAUCCGACACAAGCCGAGCAACUCACUUGA